AUGGAGUCAGAGGAGAGUAAGAUAUCAGUGUGGGUCUGCCGAGAGGAGAAGCUCGUCUUCGGCUUGUCAAAGCGCACAACCUGCGCUGAUGUUGUCAAAGUACUUCUGGAGGACCAGAACUCACAGCACGGCCUCUCCACAGCUUCAUGCUCACAGUCUUACUGCAUCGUGGAGAAAUGGAGAGGCUUCGAGAGGAUUUUACCCAACAAAACCAAGAUUUCCCGGCUGUGGUUCGCGUGGGGAGAGGAGCAGAGGAAUGUAAAGUUUGUGUUGGUAAAAAGCGAGGCGUCUUUGGCGAACCACGGAGCCCGGAGCGCAGAGGCGCGUGUGGUGCUCAGCAAACACAGCCCCUGUGGUACCAAGGGCACCGGACGGUUUCCCAUAGGUGGGAUCCCGCCUGAGAAACAGCGUCGGGUCGUCAGGAAAGCUUUCAGAAAGUUGGAAAAGAUCAAUAACAAGAGGGUGCAGAGAGACGCAUCCUCUGCGGAAAAGAUGGAAACUUUGGUCCAUCUUGUGAUUUCUCAGGAUCAUACAAUCCGCCAGCAGAUCGAGAGGAUUACAGAGCUGGAUGCAGACAUCGAGAGGUGUGAGGCAAAGGUGCAUGUAGACAGAAUUAAAAGACACGGGGUUAACUAUGUGCAGGACACGUAUUUAGUGGAUGCUGCUGCGGCUUCCAGUCGAGAGGGAGACAAAGUGUGUUCAGCUGAGACUCUUGCCAAGUUUGAAGAGUAUGUCCGGCAGUGUGACGAGGUGGUGAGACUACAAGAGGAGCUGUGGGAGCAGGACGCCCUUAUAGACAUUUACACGGGGCAGAUGCAGGAGGAGCUGAACCACCGCUGGAUGCAGCGGAGGACAGAGGAGCUGUGGAGCAAAGACACACCACCCCUCCCCAGCUCCGAGGCAGACACAGCAUCAGAAAACGAGCUGCUUUUGGAAGAAGAGAGAAUCAGAACACAGCUAGAUGCGAGUUUAUACAUCGGUCUGCGCCUCAACACGGAUUUAGAAGCUAUUAGGAGCGAUUUAGAUUUGACCCAGGAGAUUUGUGUGGCGAGGGAGAAGGAGAUGAAGGAUUUGCUGGAGAAAGUGAACACUUUGGGCAUAGAGGAAGGGUCAGGCAGUGAGGAGAGAUGCAGCCACGGGACAGAUGAUAAGAUGGGGAUGAUGAGCACUUUGGAGAGAAAAAGCGAGUGGGUGGAGCAGGCCAGGGGUCUGUCCAAAGCUCACAGUGUGAACGACGACGACUCAGACACUGGCUUAAGUUCUCUGCACAGUCAGGACUCAGACAGUCACCCAGUGUGUGAGUCACUGGUUUAGGGUUUUACCAGGAAAGUCGCUUAUC